CCACCCUCGGGUGAAUGCUCGGGCAGCUGCCGGACACUUCCCCGAGUGACAGGCUCUCGGUCGGGCUGUGGACUGACAGUUUGAUGAACAGAUCAUCGCGCGGGAUUAAUCGAGUAGACCAGUGUCGCCAUGGGAACCUCGCCGCUAUGUUAGGUAACUCGUCAGCCGCUCGUUUCUUCUCAACUCACACCCAAACGUCCCCGAGUCCAAGUGCGCGAUGGAGUCUGGAGCGGGACGAGGCGACGGGACCCGCCGCGCGCUUUGGAGACCGAGGAUGUGUGUGUAAGAGUGGACAGACUUGGGGCCAGUCAUGGAGCCUGAGCUGAACUGCAGCUCACACUGUGAUUCCCCCCUUUGCCUCAUCCACUCUGGGGUCGACAGGCAGGAGGGCCUCGACAUACUGCAGAGACUGUGCAGUCUCAGCACGUUGGCCGUGGAGCUCCCAAGGCGUUCCCUCUCCCCAGCGCUGAGUGCCGUGGUGUGGACGCUACUCUCCUGUGGCAUCCUGCUGGCCUUCUGCUUCCUCCUCUUCACCCUACGCUUCAAAAACAACAGGAUAGUGAAGAUGUCCAGUCCGAAUCUGAAUGUCCUGACCCUCGUAGGGAGUCUCCUCACUUACAGCAGUGGCUUCCUGUUUGCCGUUGAUGAGCGAACACACUCCCACGGCGGACCGUCAGCAGCUGUCCUGCAAGCUCGAAUGUGGACCCUUUGUGUCGGCAGUACCCUGGUGUUUGGGCCGAUUUUGGGGAAGACGUGGAGACUGUACAGAGUGUUCACCCAGCGACUGCCUGACAAGAGAGUGAUCAUUCGAGACAUCCAGCUGAUGGGCAUGGUGGCUCUGUUGAUCCUGGUGGACCUGCUGGUUCUCAGCCUCUGGAACCUCACAGACCCCAUCAGGUGUUCACAAUCUGUCGGAGCUGCUGUCAAGGUGGCGGACAGAGACAUUUCCUACUCUUUGUCACAAAUGGACUCUUGCUCCUCUGUGUACUCCGAUCUGUGGACUAUCAUUAUUGCUGUUCAGAAGGGUUGUCUUCUCCUCUAUGGCACUUAUCUGGCAGGGUUGACCAGCAACGUCAGCCACCCUCCGGUCAACCAGUCUCCCACCAUCAUAACCACCGUUACUUUGGUCACCCUCUCCUCAGCGGUGGUCGUCCCUGUGUCCAUCUUCUUGCAGGCCUGGCCCAACCUGGUCUACAGCACUGUGGCCGGAGCCAUCUUCAUCUGCACAUUGGCUACUAACUGUAUGCUGUUUGUGCCUCAGCUGACCCAGUGGCGGCAAUUUGAAGAGGACCAGAACAACCCGGGUCAGAUGGCCAAGUAUUUCAGCAGCCCCAGUAAGAGCCAGCCGUCGGUGUACAGCCAGGAUGAGAUCUACUACCUGCUGGGGGAGAACAACUCCAUGAAAAAACUCCUUAAUGAGAAAAACGCUGUGAUUGACAGUCUCCAGGAGCAGGUGAACAACGCCAAGGAUAAGCUGCUGCGACUCGUGUCAGCUAGCCAGCCCUGCGAGGACCCGGACACCGACUCCUCUGCCACCAACCUCAACUCAUCCACCACUCAGACCACUGAGCUCCCGUCCGACGGCCCCUCCUCUUCUUCUCUACCUCAGAGAGACACUAAACGUCAACUCUCACCUCCUCAUCUCACCGCUGCUGCCGUUUCAUCUGUCGUUACACUGUCUUGUGAGCGUCCCGCUGCUCCAAACUCCCCAAACCCAAUUGUUGCUUCUUCCCCUCUCCCUGAUGAUGUGUAUGUGUGUGGAAAUCAAAAGAGUGUGUCCAUCCCCGGCCCUACAGACAAAGACACAGUUGAGUCCAGGACAGGGGAGGAACUCAAACCACCUGUGUCCCUCCCGUCCUGUGGAUUACACAGGACAGCAGAGGAGACAGUUAACUUUGUCACUUCACUACAAUGCCCUGGAGGGUUUAACCCCUUUCACAGCCGCCUACCAUCUCAGCCGAGACCGGCUGGCUUUGUUAGCAGCGAGCAGUUGCAGGAGAUCCUCCAGGAGCUGAGCUUGGACGCAGUCAUGGAAAGCGCACUUCGAUCUCCCGGUCAAACGGCCAGGACGCCCUCCCAGCUAAGAUUUACGGAGGCCUCCACACUCUCCCCUCUAUCCCCGCGGACGCCACGCUCUCCUCGUCCGCCUGUUCUCUUCCGCUACCCCAGCAUCUCCCCCUAUGCAAUGAGGAAACGUCGGCCACCGUUCAACUCAUCGAGACGAGGUCUGACGCCUCCCUGCUUCUACACGGGCUGUGGGAAGAGAAGGGAAAACUGUGAACACCAAAAUCCAGGCAAGAACCAUGACGAGGUCACGGUGGACGGUACCCUGCUCCGGGCUCAGAACAAUGACCUUGAGCUAGAGGAGGAGGAGGCAGACAGGCAUGAAGUGAUAAAGAAAUGUCCGAGGAGUGUUUCAAGGUCUCACAGAUGUUCAGUGUUGCGCUGUAAGGAACGCGAUCGCGCGGCUCGACCUGAUGUGGAAGCGGGAUGUGACGAUGAGCCGCACCACAGACACAUUAGAGACUCCUGUGGGUACUGGGACUCAGACUCGAGCAGCUCAACAGACUACUGUUACUACCAUCGGCCGUACUGUGACUCCUGCCUGCAGCGGGGCUCCCUCCUCUCCUCUGACAGCUCCUCUGACUCCUCCGACAGCGAGUACGACGACUACGCCAGCCUCUACCGCUCCUCGCACCCUGUGGUAUUCAAAGAAGACCUCAAACCCACCUUUGUAUGAACACAGGUUAAUGCACUUUACAGGUUCAUGCAUUUCAAAUUUAAGUGAACAUCGGGCUAAAUUGCAUCUACUAUGGGAGAUCAUUUGGGUGUUGCCUUCAACAGGAAUGUGUUCUCCAUUCUGUAUGAAGAGAGGCUUGAAUCUUUGUAGCUCAAGAGCAAACGAUGCUGUUUACUUUCUAAUAUUACUUUUGAAUUUGUUUGUAUAUCUCAGUUGUCAAAUGAAAACACUUACAUUCCAAAAAUGUCUAAGUCUGACAUUUAUCGUAACAUUUUGUUUUUAAAAGCCCAGAGAGGAAAAUUAAAGGUUUUCACAGAACAGUUGAAAUGUGCACUAUACUAUGAUGCAGAUGCUAUAUUUAUUUUAAUAUUUAUUAGUACACGUUUUGGUUUACAGAAUUACUAUUUGUCUCAUUUUUUAAUGUUUUACACUGUCAAACACAUCACUUAAAAUGUUGCUGUGCCAUUUUGUUGCAUAAUCGGCAUUUUGUGCUUUGAGUUUUCUUUAAUUUGCAAAUGCCCUACGUUGUUUACACAAUACUACAUUUGUUGUCACAUGCUUCCCAUUCACAGCUGGUUUAUGAGACACCACUAGCUGUCACAGCAAUUGGUGAUACCAGGUCACUGUUAUCAUUUGUAUACACUUAAUUAUAUCCCCACUAUUAUUAUUCUUAUUCAUUCAGAUUCUCAGGUCAUUCUUUUUCUAAAUUACUCCAUGCCACUUCAUGUUAAUCCUGCAUCCUAUAAAAAAGAUGCCACAGCGUGAACAGCCACACAGAAAAUGUGUAAAAUAUACUGGUUGAUGUGUAGGCCCAGAUUAGGGAGGGGUCAUAAGGCAAAAAGGAGACCCUCUUAAUCCUCAUUUACCCCCAUGUGUGACAUAUAUAAGGGUAAAAGGUUGACUGAAAUACUACAAGACAGGGCCUGAAGUUAGGUUGAAAAUGCAGGCGCCACCAAAACGCUGUCACAUUUCAGUCUUUAAAUCUUCCUUAGUGGUGCAUAACACCAUACAAGUUAUUAAUUGACAAAGUUUCUAUCAAGUAAUUGCCACAAAGACCAUCUUAUACUUCCGGCCGCUCCCUGAGUGUCAGCUGUCGGCCCAUAAUCCAGGCUUGAUUUUUAAAUACAAUGCUAAACCAUAUCUUUAUUUGCCUCUGGAAAAGCAGUAUCUUCCCAGCAUUCGAGUAAUUGCCAGCCUCCAAGUCAUUUGACUUCAAUCCUUCCUAAAGACGGAAUCUGGAGUUUUUAUGAUAUCACUACAGCAGAGACAAAAACAGAGCAGUACCCUCUCCGCCUCUUAUUUAAAAUGUCUCUUUCCUGGCUUACCAUCUCUCUAUCUCCCUCCCUCCCUCUCACUAUCUCCUCUUUGUAUUUUAGUUUUCUUCCUCUAAUGGGAAAAUGUGAGUUUGCCUGGGGAGGUGUUGCUAUGAAGAGAAAACAGAAUUUUGCAUUACUCAUGCUCAGCUGCACUGUUUUUGAGACGUCGCUGCUGCUGCUCUCUAUUCUGCAUUUGAACCAUUGAAGGGCAGCCUGGGAGAAGUUCCCCUUUGAUAUAGAGCAUAGUAGAGUAUAAAUAAACCACACAAAAGACUUGACUACCAGCAUGAUUCUGCAGAAGGGAAGACUCUCCUGCCAAGCCAAGAUAAGUGACCUGCAUUCUGUUUAAGAUGAGGGGAGAGUGGCAUGUUUUGAAAUUGUGGAAUAAAAAUAGUUGUCAGUCAUUCACACUUACAUUUGCGUCUCUAAGUAUAACACAAUGUCCAUGGUUAUUCACUACAUCAUUCAACAUUUAUUAGAAAAGGAGAAUGGCGAUUAGUUCUGAUAGACGACUUCACCUCAAGUUGAUCCAGGCCAUUAGAGAAGCAUAAAGGAUUUUAAAUAACUCAUUCUUUAUAAUGGGUUAAGUUAUAACAAAUGGUUUUAUUUAUGGUUAAUAUGUGCUCUUCGAAUGCUUUUCUGUGGUUGCCAGAUUGUGAAAAAUCUCUGUUGCUGAUUUGACUACUAAACCAAUUCAAUCUGUUAACAUCUAGGUGAGCAAUGUAUUAAUUGCUUACCAAAAUUUAGUUGUAGCCUCCUUCAUGCUAGAAACUCAUUAAAUGUACAAAUAAAUCAAAGAUAUAAAAUUAUUUUUUUAAUAAUAAUAAAAAUGUAACAUGUAAAUGUACAGUAGUACCACAUGGCCUGCAUUGCAGGAAUAU